UCACCAGGAGCCAAAAUGGCUGAAAGAGGACUGGUUUACCAUAGGAGUAAAUAAGUCAGCGUCGGAAAAUUGCAUCUAUCUCACCAACAAUACGACAACAACAAACUUGUUUUUAUCCAACGCGAUUUCCGGGAGCCAAGAGAUUGUUUACCUGUCGUAGGUGGCUGUCAUGUUUUGUUUACGGUUCAGUUAAUAUAGGGAACUCAGAUACGCGGAAGCUUGUUAGCCACUUAGCUAUCGCUACAGAACUAAUCUAAAUAUCAAGUAGUUUGACUGGACUGAAAGAGUCUGUCGCUGGAGGGAUUAAUUAACUGUCGCCGUGAGUCACUUCAUGCCCAGUGUAUGUGUAAUAUAUUCCGGUUACGAAGUGCGUCUUACUUUAGCUAAGAAUCUUAGCUGUCAUGGUAGUUUACCCCUAUGGUCAUUGGUUACUAGCAUGUGAACGUUCCGAGCUCACCGGGUAAAUGAUAAACCAGUUUCCUUAAAAAAAGGGUGGUUUGCACGUCACGUCGUUGUGAAUCGGUAGGGGUCGACGUGAUUGCGGCUUUUCUGGGUGCUGAUUUGGGGAUCUGCUGACUGCUGCGGUGGGCACUUCAACUGAACCGUUUGAUGCAUCAUCGAGUGAAUUGUGUGUCUCAAUGGCACAGGAGUGACACAGGCACACACGCCUUUACUUCAGAGUCUACCUGUUGACACCCGCACCCAACGCAAGAUCACGAUGAUGUCGGGGGCCGGGGGCAGAACAGAAUGCACGUGGAAAAGACACAUUGCGGAGCAGCUGAAGCUGAGGGAUCGUGUACAGAGGCAGGCCUUUGAAGAGAUCAUCCACCAAUAUAAUCGCCUGCUGGAGAAGUCUGACUUACAAGCUGUUCUGUCAGAAAGACUACAAACAGACAAAUUCGAUCUCCAGAACAGGCAGGACCUCAGCCCAGGUUGUGAUUCGAGCCGCAGUGAUGCCCUCUUACAAGAAAUGGCCCAGAUUCGAAUUCGACAUCAGGAAGAACUGACUGAGCUUCACAAGAAACGAGGGGAGCUUGCUCAAAACGUGAUCCAGCUUAAUAACCAGAUGCAACAGAAGGAUAAAGAGAUUCAGAGCAAUCAGGCCAAGAUGCAGGAGUACCAGCAGAGGAUUGAAGAGUUGGAGGGAGAGUGCAAAGACCUGCGCACCUCCCUGCAGGAACUUGAGCGGGCCAAUCAGACACUAAAGGACGAGUACGACGCCCUGCAGAUCACGUUCAGUGCCCUGGAGGACAAGCUGCGUCGCACCACCGAGGACAACCAGGAACUCGUGUCCCGCUGGAUGGCUGAGAAAGCACAGGAGGCCAACCGGCUAAACGCUGAGAAUGAGAAAGACUGCAGACGCAGGCAAGCCAAACUGCAGAAGGAGCUCGCGGACGCCGCAAAGGAGCCGCUGCCCCUCGACCCGGACGAUGACAUCGAGGUUCUGUCAGAGGAGGCUGCAGAGGUGCCAGCAGAGGGCUCGCCCAGCCGCAUGGUAUCGCGGACUCCCAGCAAGCGGCAAUCCCAGGCUCCUCCCCCAGCUGGACUCCUGGACUCCAUCUCCAGCAUGUUUGGCAGACGCCGCUCCGUGAAUGUUUCCCCCGAGAGCACAGACACGCACGUGGGCGUCUGCGCGGAGGUGCGCGUCCCAUCGACGGCCCAGCACGUCUUCGACGCCCACGAUGGUGAAGUUAAUGCGGUGCGCUUCAGUCCGGGAUCUCGUCUCCUAGCAACAGGCGGCAUGGACCGCAGGGUCAAGCUUUGGGAAGUGAUCUCAGGUCGCUGCGAGCUGAAGGGCGCCCUCACUGGCAGCAACGCAGGGAUCACCUGUAUCGAGUUUGACAGUGCAGGCUCAUUCAUACUCGCCUCAUCCAAUGACUUUGCCAGCCGCAUCUGGACGGUGGAUGACUACCGAUUGCGGCACACGCUGACAGGACACAGUGGGAAAGUGCUCUCCGCCCGUUUCCUGCUGGACAAUGCGCGCAUCGUGUCAGGGAGCUACGACCGCACACUCAAGUUGUGGGACCUACGCAGUAAAGUCUGUAUGAAGACAGUGUUUGCGGGCUCUAGCUGCAAUGACAUUGUCUGCACUGAGCAGUGUGUCAUGAGUGGCCAUUUUGACAAGAAAGUGCGCUUCUGGGACAUCCGGUCAGAGAGCAUUGUGAGAGAGUUGGAGCUCAUGGGCCGGGUCACUUCCCUGGACCUGAAUCACGACAGGACCGAGCUUCUGACCUGCUCCCGUGACGACCUGGUGAAGAUCAUCGACUUGCGUUGCAACGCUGUCCGGCAGACCUUCAGUUCUCAGGGGUUCAAGUGUGGCUCAGAUUGGACUAGGGUGGCAUUCAGCCCCGACGGUGCGUACGUCGCAGGCGGCUCAGCAGAUGGCACCCUCUACGUGUGGAAUGUGCUGACAGGCAAGGUAGAGCGGACCCUAGAGAGGCAGCACAGCACUGCCAUCAACGCUGUGUCCUGGUCACCAUCGGGAACUCACGUGGUCAGCGUCGAGAAAGGCAGCAGGGUGGUGCUUUGGUCGGACAUGUGAUCGCUCUGCUGUGUCCUCAUUGGCCUGAAAAGGGGGCGGAGCCAGAUCCAGCAGCAGCGAAAGUGACAAGUGGGAGCCGUCAGUCUGCUCCCGGUGUGAACGGAUAUAAGCCCUAGUGAACUCCAGGAGCCACAGUCCUGUUCUGUGUGUGUGUGUAUGUGUGUGUGUGUCUCUAUGUGUAAGUGUGAGAGUGCGUGUCUGUGUCUCAGGUCUCUUCAGUGUAUCCAUAUUCAGAUCCUUACAGUGUUGCGAUGCAUGCAGACAUAAGCCACAGUGAGCCAGGCCUUGCUGCCCUGCUGUCGUGUUUGUACUGGAAGGCAAAUGUUGGCGCUAAGGACAGCCCCUGCCUGAAGUGCAUUGUGGGAUAUGAAACUGACUGUGGCGGAAUGCCAAGGGUGUGUGUCUGUUUGUGUCCAGAUGGGGCUGCUCUUCUCCAUGGUUUAAUCCAGAAGAAUCUUCGCUUAUUUAACUGUAAAUAUUGAAAUAACAAUAAUAAAUGAUUCUCCCACCAA